AUGAUUCGCAUUACCGGCCUCAGAACUCGCUUCGUUGUCCUCGCCCUGCUUGUGUUUGCCUUCCUCUCGUUCUUCCUGCUGGGACCUUAUCAAGUGAAUCCAGGACACCUGUCAAGAACCGGACAAGCAGGGCAACAGCAGAGCCAAUCCCUACUCACAGGGCAUGCGAUUGCGCCCAAACUAGCCAAUGCGACUGUAAAGGCAGAACUCGGUCGCGCGGCGUGGAAAGUCCUCCACACGACGUUUGCUCGAUUCCCCGAAAAGCCCACAGCCGAGGAGAAGGAAGCACUGCGGUCCUAUGUGCACUUAUUCCAGCGCUUGUACCCUUGCGGAGACUGCGCUGAACACUUCGGACAAGUACUCGCCAAGUAUCCUCCCCAAGUAUCGUCACGAACGGCAGCAGCAAUGUGGGGGUGCUUUGUACACAACAUUGUCAAUAAGAGGCUGAGAAAGCCCGAGUUCGACUGCAAGGACAUUGGGGAUGCUUACGACUGCGGAUGCGGAGACGAGGAGCCGAAAGCAUCGGGCAAGGGCACAGCUGCAUAA